CUCCCAAGCCUGCUUUUCAACAUGUUGGGAUUUUUGAGGCAACCACUAGUGGUGACAGCGGACAUCAACCUGAAUGUCGUGGCUCUGACUGGGGUGGGAUUGCUGAGUAGACUGUGGCGACUCACCUAUCCUCGGGCUGUGGUUUUUGAUGAAGUAUAUUAUGGGCAGUACAUCUCUUUUUACAUGAAACGGAUCUUCUUCUUGGAUGGCAGUGGACCGCCGUUCGGCCACAUGCUGCUGGCCUUGGGAGGUUAUUUAGGAGGAUUUGAUGGUAACUUUUUGUGGAACAGAAUUGGAGCAGAAUACAGUAGCAACGUGCCUGUCUGGUCCUUGCGCUUGCUGCCGGCUCUCACAGGGGCAUUCUUGGUCCCCAUGGCCUACCAGAUAGUGUUAGAGCUCCACUUUUCUCACUGCGCUGCUAUGGGAGCCGCUCUGUUGAUCCUUAUAGAGAAUGCUCUCAUCACUCAGUCAAGGCUAAUACUUUUGGAAUCAGUGCUUAUAUUUUUUAACCUGUUGUCUGUGUUGUCCUACCUGAAGUUCUCCAACCUCCAAAAACACAGCCCUUUCUCUCUAAGCUGGUGGUUUUGGCUAAUGCUGACAGGAGUCGCUUGUUCCUGUGCAGUCGGCGUAAAAUACAUGGGUGUUUUCACAUACUUGCUCGUGCUCAGCGUUGCUGCCGUCCACGCCUGGCACCUGAUUGGAGACCAGACCUUAUCAAAUGUAGGUGCUGAUAUCAGGGGCUGCGUUAGGCUCAUCUGGAGCACUGUCUGUGUGUUCUGUCACCUGCUGGCCAGAACAGUGGCCUUCUUGGUCAUCCCGAUCCUCAUGUACUUACUUUUCUUCUACAUCCACUUGAUUCUACUCUACCGCUCUGGGCCUCACGACCAAAUCAUGUCGAGUGCUUUCCAGGCCAGUUUGGACGGAGGACUGGCUCGCAUCACACGAGGCCAGCCCCUAGAGGUGGCCUACGGCUCCCAGGUCACUCUGAGAAGUGUCUUUGGCAAGCCCAUGCCCUGCUGGCUUCAUUCCCACCAGAACACCUACCCCAUGAUAUACGAGAAUGGCCGGGGCAGCUCCCACCAGCAGCAGGUGACCUGUUACCCCUUCAAAGAUGUCAACAACUGGUGGAUUGUAAAGGAUCCUGGGAGGCACCAGCUGGUGGUGAACAACCCUCCGAGGCCUGUACGGCACGGAGACAUUGUGCAGCUGGUCCACGGCAUGACUACCCGCCUCCUCAACACGCACGAUGUCGCAGCCCCUCUGAGCCCCCACUCCCAGGAGGUCUCCUGUUAUAUUGACUAUAACAUCUCCAUGCCUGCCCAGAACCUCUGGAGACUGGAGAUUGUCAACAGAGAAUCAGAUACGGAUAUCUGGAAGACCAUAAUGUCCGAGGUUCGGUUUGUACACGUGAACACUUCUGCCAUCUUAAAGCUGAGCGGGGCACACCUCCCUGACUGGGGGUUCCGGCAGCUGGAGGUGGUUGGGGAAAAGCUGUCCAGGGGCUUCCAUGAGAGCAUGGUGUGGAAUGUGGAGGAGCACCGGUACGGGAAAAGCCAGGAACAGAAGGAGAGGGAACUGGAGCUGCACUCACCUACUCAGGCUGACGUCAGCAGAAACCUCAGCUUCAUGGCCAGGUUCUCGGAACUGCAGUGGCGGAUGCUGAUGCUGAGGACCGAUGACUCAGAGCACAAGUACAGCUCCACCCCGCUGGAGUGGGUCACCCUGGACACCAACAUCGCCUACUGGCUGCACCCCAGGACCAGUGCGCAGAUCCACCUGCUGGGGAACAUCAUGAUCUGGGCCUCGGCCAGCCUCGCCAUGGUGGCCUACGCCCUGCUCUUUUUCUGGUACCUGCUCCGACGGCGAAGAAGCAUCUGUGACCUCCCUGAGGAUUGUUGGCUGCGUUGGGUGCUGGCUGGCACUCUUUGCUGUGGGGGCUGGGCAGUGAACUAUCUCCCUUUCUUCAUGAUGGAGAAGACGCUCUUCCUCUACCAUUACCUGCCAGCGCUCACUUUCCAGAUCAUCCUGCUCCCCAUGGUCCUGCAGCAUGUGAGCGACCACCUGUGCAGGUCCCAGCUGCAGAGGAGUGUCUUCAGUGCCCUGGUGGUGGCCUGGUAUUCCUCCGCAUGUCACGUGUUUAACACCCUGCGCCCACUAACGUACGGGGACACCUCUCUCCCCCCAAGUGAACUCAGGGCCCUUCGCUGGAAAGACAGCUGGGACAUCUUGAUCCGGAAGUACUAACAGAACAAGAACAUGGAGAACACCCCUGCUGGGGACGGGACAAGGUAGAACCAGUCUUUUAUAAAGACUUAUGUUUUUAACAUGUAGAGUGUCUCUAAGCUUGGAGUUGACUGGCCAGGGCUUGGUAAAGAUUCUACUGCAAUUUAUUCUGGUUUCAUUCUUGAAACUCUCUUAUGAGCACCUUGUUUGGAGUUUAUUCCAGGGCCCACUCACUCCUCUAAACUAAGACACCCUGAGAACUUCGGCAGCUUAGCGCUGGGGAAGAAAAGCAAGGUCAGUGGUGUAGCAGGUCAGUCCAACUUCAGCAGUUGCUAGUUUUGGUUUUCCCUUUGAUGAAAUUUCCUUUGUGAAAACUGUUGAACCCACUGAAGAGAGCAGUGUCUUAGCACUUGCUUUCAGUGAGGCCUUGCAAGAAUUAACCAGAAUAAGCCGAUAUCAAAUAAACUGAAUGAUAAUAAGCCUUUCAGGAGGCUUAAUUGGAAUUCUCUGAUCACUGUAUUUAAAAACUUACUCCUCACAAUUGCUGUAU